CAAGUACAGAGCGACAGGCAAGUCUCGAGACCGUCCCGAUCGACAGUCCGCGUUCACGAGAAUCACACGGACGCGCGGCACAUUACGGGAUGACGUCAUCACGGAACCUGAGUGUGACAGUACGCAUGCGCCGAUGAACCAGGAAGAGAAAUAGUGCCGUUAUGUCGAGGAAGAAGGAGGAAUAAUAAGUUGGACUGCAUCCAGAUCCAGUCGUUGCCAUGGUUUCCUGCUGCCAUCCGUGCUCCAGGCCGUGCACCAGGCUGUGCUCGCGCUCCUCGGCCUACACCGUGGCCCUCGGCCUGGGCUUCGUAACGCUGGGGACCGGUCGCAUCCUGCUGCUUAAAUUCUCCGCCAAUGCUGAGAACAAGUACGACUUCCUCCCUGCAUCCGUCAACCUACUUGCUGAGUUACUCAAGCUGAUCUUCUGUCUGGCGAUGUCAUUCAGGGUCAUAGUCAAAGAGGGACGAUCGUGCAGAGAGCUCGGCUUUUCCUCCAGCUCCUCCUUCCUCAAUUCCCUGAAGUGGGCUGUCCCUGCUUUCCUCUACUUCCUCGACAACCUCAUCAUCUUCUACGUGAUGACCUACCUGCAGCCUGCCAUGGCGGUGCUGUUCUCCAACUUUGUCAUCCUGACCACAGCUGUACUCUUCAGAGUUGUUCUGAAGAGGCGCCUGUCCUGUGUUCAGUGGGCAGCGUUAUUUAUCCUCUUCCUGUCCAUUGUUUCCUUGACGACGGGAUCAGAGGGCAGCCAAAACUCCAUCGCUCUGCCAGGGCUCCACUCAAACCCCCUCUCCACCCCCACCAACUCCUGCCUUCUCUACACACAGCUGCUGGAGCAGAUGAGGAACAGCAGUGCCACUGAAUCGUGGGUGUCCUCCCUGCCCGGGCAGGCCUGGAGGGACCGGGCGGUGGAGAGGCUUCGCUCUCUGGGUGUGGGUCACAUCCUGCUGCUCCUCCAGUGCUUCAUCUCCGCCAUGGCCAACAUCUACAAUGAGAAGAUCCUCAAAGAAGGAGACCAGCUCACCCAGAGCAUCUUCAUCCAGAACAGUAAACUGUACGGCUUUGGUGUGGUGUUUAAUGGUCUGACCCUUGGCCUGGGCAGGGAGGCACGAGGCCUCACCGCACACUGUGGCCUCCUCCAUGGACACAAUGUCUACUCCCUGUGUCUGGUGCUGGUCACCGCGGCCCUGGGUUUAUCUGUGGCCUUCAUCCUGAAAUUCAGAGACAACAUGUUCCACGUGCUGACGGGCCAGAUCACCACCGUUCUGGUCACCGGCUUCUCCCUCUUCCUCUUCGACUUCCACCCCUCGCUCAACUUCUUCCUCCAGGCGCCCACGGUCCUGCUGGCCAUCUUCAUCUUUAACACCAGCCGGCCCAGGGACUUGGAACACAGCCUGCAGCAGGAGAAACUGCGGGUCAUCAACGGAGAGGUGUUCGAGAGGUCCAGAGGGGACGGCGAGGAGCUGGAGCUCCUGACCAAGCCCAACACGGACAGCGAAUCCGAGGAAGAGUCUUUGUAGUGCCGGCUCUCCGCCAAGACGGAAGAGAUGUCCUUCUUCUUCGCCGCCGCCGCCGGGAAGUCGCGGCGCGGGCUCGUCCUCGCGGCCGCCGAUUCCAAUCCGCCAAAAGCGCCCCUCUGAACGACCGGCAGCAGGCGGACGCGGACGACGCGAUGAAGUCUUCCAUAGCGAAGGGUGUUGUGUAUGUUUUGAAAAUGUGCCCGUCUGCCUCGCAGUGCUGUCAUUUACGUUGUCGAGGCAACGCGAGCGACGCCAUUUGGGAUCGCGGAGGCUUUCCGCUGCGGACAGUCGAUGUCUUCUCACGAGUCCUGUCGGCGUGUGCACGCCGUGUGGCGAUCCAGGGGUUCGACUUCACACAGUUGUGCGGUUGCAUCAGGCUUUAUACUUGUUUUUCGUUGCCGUUGGCGACGUCGGCCGACAUUUAAACGACGCGGGAAACCGAAGCGCCGCAUUCCAGCACAAAAAACGGUAACUUCAGAAAUACAUUACCCAGACGUGUGUUUCCACGACCGAUGUUUCCGUUUCAGUGCGCAGGGCUUUCUAUUUUUCCGCAGUGUGUUUGUCUUCGACGUGAACCAGAGCGAUGAGCAUUUACAGAACGUACAAGAUUGUACGCUCUGGGUUUCUGAAAGCACAACAACGUGGCUCUGGGUUCUCCCACUUGGCCUCGGACAGUUCUUUCUUUUGGUCACAUGGUGUAACAUUGAUGUGGUUUGACUGAAAUACCGUGAAAUAUAUUUAUUUUAAGAUUCUUCUUGUGCCACAAAACUUUCAAUUUGUCUCAAUAAUGAAAUAUUGAUGAUUAAAAUUGCAAUGCAG